GUAUUAAAAAUCAAGAAGAGUAAUAAAUUAAUAAUCGUUGGGAAUAAUUAUGCUUUGGCAGCCAUUUGGAUUACCAAUGUCGAUAAGUUUUUUAUAUUUUAUGGGCGGGUAAGCAUGCUACUAAUCGAUAAGAAUGUCAAUGUCAAGUCAAAAUAGUCAAAUGUCAAAUCGAAAAAUAAAGCAGCGCUAAGCUGAGUUAUUAUUUUAUUUUCUUCCUUUAUCAUAACACAUAACCCAACCUAACCAUAUAAAAAGCAAUACAUUCUACCCAUUCCUAAUUUAACAGUGCUAUUAUGUUACUGUAGUUUAUUAGAACAGUUGAUUUCGUGCGAAGACUGAUUGUUUUUAAAACAGAAACAACCAAUAGAAUCAAUGCCGAAGAAAAAAGGAGACUGGAAAUGUACAAAUUCAGAUUUUACGUUAAAAGACUCCGCAGACGCGCCAAAACCAAUCAGACGUCUUAAAAAAGCUCAGAUAACAGAUACUGGUGAAGUAUCAUGGGAUGAAAUGGCAGACUAUGACCUGGUCGAAGAGAUAGACGCUGAAGGUUACAAAAGGUACAUAUACAAGAAAAAGAGCAGUGCAAAACUUGAAGUUGAUAUUGACAAGCGUCCAGGUAUAGUAUACCCAGAAAUAGUAUUUUAUUUGAUAUCUGCGUAUAUCAAACCAGAGCAAAUAGGCAGUUUUGCUGCCAUAAAUAAAGCAUCAUAUGCCUGCACGCAACGGGAAUCAUUCUGGCGCAAUCUAUACAAGCGUUACUGUCAGGGACAUCCUCGGUUACCACCGAGAUUGAGGAUUGAGAAUAGUUUUAAAGUGUAUGGCUUAAAGCAGAGAGUCAUACGAGCGUUGUACCAUACAUACAGUGUGUUUGUACACAAGAUUGAGCUUGAUGCUAUACAGGAUAGUAGACCGCACCGUUUGGUGAAACGUCGCUGUAUAAAUGUCUGGUACAAUAAAGGACCAAUAUACUGGCUGGUGUAUUUUAAGUUAAAGAAGGUGCCGCUGGAACGGCCGCAGAAUGAAAAUGGGAAUAUGUUGGAUGAGCUGGAUAGGAUUGAUGCUAAUCCGGAUGAGGAUUGUCAAGUGUUGCAGGUGACCUGCACAAGUUUCCACGAAGUCCCACCACUCCUUGGCAUGACACUAAGCUCAGUGUCAGUGGUUCUGUCCCCAGGGUUCCGUCACCACCGUCUCAGCCUCGGAUUCAGCACCAGCGCUCACAACAUCUCCCGGAACCUAGUCCCGGACCAAUCAAUUAUCAUAGACACCGUUGUGACUAUUUUUGUGUUUGACUGGUGGCACCCGAAGUACCCACAUUUUGAUAAUAUUCUGCCUGCGAGGGUUAAGGAUGAGGAGUCUAUGCCGGUGUUGAAGAAAGAGUUCUUUAAUAUGAGUUUAGCGGAUUGAUUGAGGUCUGUUGGUGAUAUGUGCCGUGAUUUUGCUGCUUUGUUUAACUGUUUGACCGCUAAAGACGUCAAUUGAAGCGCUGCUACAGCUUAAUAUCAACCUACGUAAAUUUUGACAAGGUUCACGAUAACGUACGGUCACGUCUGAAAAUAUCGAUACGGACAAAGUGCCAAAAAUAUGUAUACACUACCCUAAUACAUGGGCCAUAAAGUCGUGUAUACAUAUUUUUGGCACUUCGAUCGUGUCGAUGUUUACAGACGUGACUGUAUCACACAUGAUAGUCGUACCGUUCAAAGGGUUAAUGGGUUAGGAAAAAAGAUGCAUUUCAUAAAAAUCUGUCAAUAAAAUUUGUGAAUCAGGUCAUUAAUUUUAAUGACUUUUUUAUGUCGGAUAAAUUUUGCUAAACUACAUCUUUUUUGUUAUCCAGGACCGAAUAACACAAAGAACUAUAUGUAACUUUCAGACGGCAUUAACCCUAGAGUGCUCGCGCUAUGAGCAUUUUGCCGCCCGUGGCGAAAAAACUGAUUACUUGAUAGAUCGUGUCCUUCACGAAGACGCGUGCCUUGACUUAUAUUGUCAUGUUAUUAAAGGUUAGAUUUGACAAAUCUGCGCGUCAUCGUGGAUGACACGAACUGGAACGCGGUUCAUUUACUAAAGUAGUUUUUUGUACUAGUGUAAAACUAUAAUAAAUGUUACUUUUUCUAAUACUAUUUGAAUUAUUUUAUCUCAUAAAAUAAUAACAAACUGAUUUAUCCAUUAUUUUAAACAAAAAAAUCAUGUUGAAUAUGGGCGGGAUAAUGCUCCCCGUGCGUUGAGAUUCACGAAAAGGCGCGGUUACUCUAAGGUCCUGUUUCACAAUGUCCAAGUAUUGGAUAGCUAAUUAAUAAAUAAAUUAGCUGCCAGACAAAACUACCUUAAGUUGUAAAGGUAUUUAUCUACCAGUUAAGCUUAUUUAAAGAUUGUGAAACGCCAACGACGACUUUAUUCGUCAGAUGAGACUUGGACAUUGUGUAACAGGCCUUAAAUUUUGUUUGAAUUUCUCAUAGACAAUUUUUUAAUUUCAUGAUGUGGUAAUAAGGUCGAAAUGUUGGAAAUAUGAUUUGGCUGUGUCACCAGUGGAUUACUCUUGAUUGUGAUAUAUUAUCUAUAGAUAGAUAUAUUAUUUUUCGAUGUUAUAUUGGAGAUUGGAGGUCUAUUCCUUGAAACUGAAAUUUACUUCUAUGUUCCAGAUUUUUUGGAUUUUAGGACAGGAUAAAUUCGAAUUUAGUCUUUCUGACGUUGAUGUAAAGUCUAAUUUCAUUUGAUCUGCUUUUCCACUAGACGUAUGAGUUGGUAUCGGCAUUAGAGUUGAGGUCACGCACACAACAACAUGUCAUGUAAUGACAGUUCGGAUUUGGAAAUCGAUAACGGCGAAGGCCUAGCGGAGGGCG